AUGGAAGUCUCAAAUGAAGCGCAAAAAUGUAUCGGGGGGAUGGAAGCGGGAAAGGGAAGCAAUGCAGACCAGGACUGCAAAGAUUCAGCGUGUGGAAAAGCAGACAGUUUAAGUAAUGAGGUAGGAAGUAAGGCGGGAGAGGAGGGCGCAAAUAACGCCGGAAAUUGCAAUAGCGGCGAGGCGCCCAAGGCGAGUGAUGGGGCGGGCGGCAAAAGCGAAAGCGACAUGAAAAAAGGCGAAGGCGAUGGGAAUAAAAAGGAAAGCGGGAUGAACCAAAACGAAAACAAUAUGAACAAAACCGAUAAGGGGAAAAAAAGAAAAAAUUCGAAGAAAAAGUAUUAUAGUAAAGGUAAGAAGCAGGCGGAUUUGUGCCCCCCAGAAAAAACGCCCAUCCAGGAGAACGGCGGGCCUACGAACAGCAACAACCUUGGGGAGGGAAAAGCAAAAGGCGAGGAAGGUACAAAAAAGGGUGAAGUGAAUAAUGCCCCCAAUGUUGAAUCGGCUGAAAAGGAAGACGAAGAACAAAUGGGCAAGGGGAGCGGCAUAAAGGGGUUUAAAAAUGGACAGGAGGCCGAAACGAGCAAUGUUAAGGCGGGAGAGGCGGGGCCGGACAAAUCCGCGGACGGGGAAAGAAAGACAAAGAAAAAAAGAAAAAAAGCCAAACGGAAAAAGAAAAAGGGUAAAGGUGCGGGCGAAGGGGAAGAUAAAGAUAAAGGAGAUGGAAAGGACGAUUGCAAAGGCGAUUGCAAAGACGAUGGAAUAGGCGAUGGAACGGGCCGUGGCGAAGCGGGCGACGAGGAGAUUAGCGGCCUGACAAAAGUUAAGGACACGCUCCCAAAUGAUCACAGCAAUGAAAAUGCCAGCACCACCACGGCAAUUAGCAACAACACGGAUUGCAACGCGGAGAGGAAGAGCACCGUCAAGGGCACCAUGGACUCUGCGAACCUUUACAGCAAUGACCUUACGACCGAGCCAGUGGCCGACCAGAAAAAGAGCAAAAAGAAGAAAAAAAAAUCUUCAAAGGGGAAUAAAACUGUGCAGCAUGAUAAGGCACAAAAUGGAGAGGAAAAUCUCACUUUUCCAAAAAAUAAAAAGGAACCACCCUCUAAAAAGACAAACGUGAAUCAGCACCCUGUGUACAGAGUACCUAGCAGAGGUAUGACCAAAGAUCAACUUAACAAUCUGGCGAAUUUAAUUUAUAAAAAUAGCAUUGGUUAUGGUCUCCCCCCGAAGGGUGUAAGUAGUAACUUCGGUUCGAAUCCAUGUGAACGUUCGUGUAGUAAUUACCCCCUCAAUUUUCUGAACAUGCAGGCAAAAAGGAACAUGCUGCAAUUUCCGAAAAGCACAAAUUGUAAAUAUGGCUUUAAUGUGGACAAUCAGGGAUACUCAAAUUGUUUGUAUGGACCGGUCCCCUUCCGCAGCGCCAAUGAGUGCUACGAUUUUUCGUACGCGGAGGGGGCUCCCACUGGCAUGGGGAAUUUUUUCUACGGGAGCGACGUGUCGAGGAACGCCCUAAUGGAGCGGGCCCUCUCGUUGCACGGCAUGUACGGCGUGGGCGGAGUUGGCGGCGUUGGCAGUUUUAGCGGUGUUGGCGGCGUUGGCGGAGUUGGCGUUGUUGGCAGCUUCAGCGGAGCCGCCUUUCGAAGACAACGCAAACUGCCACCGCUUGGAAACGACGGCUUGGCGCGAGGUGCCAAUUACGAAUUAAGCAAGAAGAAAGCGGAGUUACCAAAUGGCCACAUGGCCAGGUUCAACUCGGCUGCCCCCAGCGCGAAACAUUUGCACUAUGAACAGAAUCAGGAGGAGCUAACUUUCAGCAAACGAGAUGGUAACAAAAAGGGGAACUACCAUACCGCGGGUAGAAGUGUGUCCAAGGGAGGGCAAAUCCUUCAGGGGGGCCUCAACAGCACGGUGACUGUAGCGAAAAUGACCAACAUUGGCAACGCAGUGAAGGAGGAGAACUUUUCCAGUGCGUCCAACUUUGCCUACUUUACCAAUGGGGCGAAUCUAAACGUGAGAGGGAAGUACCCUCAGCAAGGGAACACUCAACUGAGCAACAACCCAGUGAUCCCGGGCAUGCGGAAUGAUGGCACCUACGCGCACAUGCAAAGGGGGAAGUAUAACGCGUAUUAUCCCCACCCAAGUGCAGAUAUAGUGCAGACGAGGAAGUUCACGAAAGGGAUUAGUGCCCCGUUUAGACCCUUUAAAAUGCAAAACAGUGUUGCUAACAGUAGAAGGGUUCCACCGAACGGGGGAGGAGGGGAAAACUACAUCGGUGAGAAAAUUACACACGGGGGAGUAGCAGCUAAACAUAGGGAGGAGACCCCCAAAGGAAGUGGCCCAACUUGCGAAAGGGGAAAAGCUACCAACUUCGAGGUUAAUAAAGAGAUUCACAAAUUUAUAGACUAUUGUGUGAAGAACUAUGGAGACAAAUACAUUGCGAACGUUUUGCAUGAGUUUUCUCCAAACGGUAUUGGCCAAAAGUACGAUGAGUUGAGGAACAUUUUCAAAAUGAAUAUAAGUGAGGAAAGUCUGAGCACUUUGCAGAUGUUGGAGCGGGACGGGAGUGGCGAGUUGCCUGCGUUUUUGAAGGGACGCCCUGAGGUAGGGGGGGAGGCGGCCACAGGGGGGUCGCUCAAGGAGGAGCCUCUAAAGGGGGAGCCACUAAAGGGAGAGCCUCUAAAGGGGGAGCCACUAAAGGGAGAGCCACUAAAGGGGGAGCCACUAAAGGGGGAGCCACUAAAGGAGGAGCCACUAAAGGAGGAGCCACUAAAGGGGAAGCCACUAAAGGAGGAGCCACUAAAGGAGGAACCGCUCCACGGGGAACCGCUCAAAGAGGGCGCCGCGCCAGGCGACGCGGCGGACCCGGGGAACGUGUUCGAGGGUGACCCGGCCCUGAGCGUGACGAUCCCCCCCGGACUGAGCCUCCCAGACAUAAACCGAGCCCUGCUGCACGGCGCGUACCUAGACAACAUCGCGGUGGUGAAGAAGUGCCUCGAGAAAAACGCAGACAUAAACUACUUUGACAAAAUUGGAAGGAGAGCCUUACAUUAUGCAUGUGCAGGUGGGUAUUAUGAAAUCUGCCAGCUCCUGAUAGACAACGGAGCCAAAGUGAACGUCUCGGAUUACAAGCACUGGACUCCUCUACACAUAGCCGUUACGAAGAUGCAUAAGGAGAUAACAGAGCUCCUACUGAAGAACGAUGCCAACAUACACGCGAUGCUACCCCAUUCGUUGUCCCCAAACAGGGGGAAGACCACGGCCAGCAUGUGCAUCCAUUUCGCAGCCAUAAAAGGGAGCAAAGAAAUAACAGAGCUGCUGCUACACUAUGGGGCCAAAAUUAAUGACACGGAUUUGUCCAACAGGACAGCCCUGCACUAUGCUGCGUAUAGAAAUAACUCAGAUUAUUUGAAGUUUUUAAUUUAUGAGGAGAAGGCCAAGGUUAACAUAUUUGAUGUGCAUAACAGGCUGCCUAUUCACGCGGCCUGCUUGGGAGGCGUCUUAAAGAACGUGCAGUUGUUGGCAGAGAAUAAAAGCUUCCUGCAGAAGAGGGACAUUUACGAUAUGAGUCCGAUGGACAUAGCCACUAUUAAGAAGUUCAAGGACGUGAGGAAGUUCCUGGCCAAGUACAUAAACGAGAACUUCUCCCCGAGCGAUGCGGAGGAGGGGGAGGCGGCGGCGGAGAAGAAGAAGGAAAACGCUCAGGUGGGAGGGGAGACGAACAUUCAGAUGGGCGUGAAGGGCGCGGCGGAAGGGGAGGCGAACCAGGGGGAAGACCUCCCCCCCCCCGCAGACCAAAGCGACGAACACAAAAUGGACCCCAAGGAAUUCUACAACGACAACAAAAUGAUAAAAGACAUUUUAACGACGACCAUCAGCACCAUCCUGAAGGAGCGAAAUAGGGACCAAAUCAAAAGGGUAGUGGACGCCUUGGGCGUGUACAUAUCCCUGAGCCUCCUCGAGAAAACCAUUUUGAUCCAAAACUACGGGGGCAUAGACAUGGUUAGCAAGGAGGGCAAGCGAACCAACGGGGGGGUCUUCUUUUACCUCAUAAAGUACAUGUACAAAAAUGACAUCAUUUCGAAGUUUAAGUAUGACUACAUUGUGGAGGAGGAGAAGGAGAAGAAAAAGACCUACAGGAAGUUGAAGAAGAAGCUGCUGCAGGAGGAGGAGAACGCGCAGGGGGGCGGCGCGAAGGGGGGCGGUGCGAUGGGUGGCAAUGUAAAGGGUGUCAGUGCGAAUUGUAGCGGUUCGAAGAGUGCCACUGCGAAGGACACCAAUGGGAAGAACCUCGAUGGGGGGCUCAGCGGGGAGGCUCCCCCAGAGGGGAAGAGUAAGAAGAAAAAGAACGAUAAGUUUGUGGGCCAACCGAAGGGCACUCGCAAUGGUAGUACAUCCUUUAAUAGUGCGAAGGGGGCUGCCAUGGAGAGUGUGCAAAAUGGUGGUGCGCCGGUGGUCGGUGCUAGCGGCAACAAGGCGUCAAAGGGUUGCAACACGCAGAAAACUACACGUGGUAGGAGCGCCCUGAGCACCCAUAACGGGGAAGUGAAGCAUACCGGUAGUGAGCAGGUGGUCUCAUUGCCCGCAGUGGCAGCAGUUGGCACAACCCACAAAUACAAUUGUAACCCAUUAGCUACGAAAAACGCAGGGAAUAAUCCACAUUUUGGCAAUCUGCAGAGUGACCAGCCCCCCAAGGACACACACACCAGCAACGCUGAAGAGGGAAAAAAUAAAAAAAAAAAGAAAAAAAAAAAAAAUAAUAAUAAUAAUAAUAUUACUAAUAAUAAUGAUAGUAAUGCUAAUAAUACGGCUCAAGCUGUUGGGGUGGACGCCCGAGCGGGUACCCCCAACAACUGUGUGGCAAAGGCGAAUGUGGGCUCCUCCUUCUUAAAUUUGGUGCAAAAUUCGUACGCCAGCAUGCAAAACAUGGUCGAGACGCAGGGCCAGGGGAAGCGCGCCUACCGCCUGAACGGGGCUGCGGGCGAGCGGGGGAACUUUGAUUGGGGGCAUGGCGGAGGCAGCAGCGGUUUUGGUGGUUUCGGCAACUUCGGCGUUUUCGACGGUUACGGAAGCCUAGACGGUUUUAGCAGCUUCGGCCACUGGAACGGUGUUAGCAGCCUGAACUGCCGCCCCCUGCGCAGGAACCAGGUCAGCAUGAACUUCAGCAACGGCAGCAAUAGGGUCAGCCUGAACAGCCACAACGGUUGCAACCAGGUUAGCAUGAACAGCCGCAACAACGGCAACCAGUAUAGCAAGUCAAUUCGGAGCUACCAGAAUGAGUUCCCCAUCCCGUAUGUGAACGGGGUGCAAAAGAGUGCCUAUGACUACAUGGGCUGCGCGGAGAACCCCGGGGGAUACCCACAUAGCCAAAAUGUUUACAUGGUGAACAAUUUGUGCAACCCGCAUGGGAAUGGGAAGCAGAAAAAGCUUUUAAGCAACUUGAGCGGUGGACGCUUUCGGGGCUACCCCAAGAUGUAG